UGGCGAGAGCGGAGCAGUGGUGCUGAUGUGGAGAGGAGCCCAGGGUACCACUAAUUGAGGGAGUGAGGAAGGGAGCAGCUCGCUUCUAACUGGACUGCAGGUUUGUAACAGCAUCUUGAGCUGGUAACCUACCUACUCUGCGACUUUCAUUCGGAUUCAGCUCUCACAUUCCAGAAAAUAUGACCCUCGCUGCCUAUAAAGAGAAGAUGAAGGAGCUCCCGCUGGUGUCAUUGUUCUGCUCCUGUUUCCUGGCAGAUCCCCUGACUAAAUCAUCCUAUAAAUAUGAAGGCUGGUGUGGGAGACAGUGUAGGAGAAAAGAUGAAAGCCAGCGGAAAGGCAGUGCUGACUGGAGAGAAAGAAGAGAGCAGGCAGACACGGUGGACCUGAACUGGUGUGUAAUUUCUGACAUGGAAGUCAUCGAGCUGAACAAAUGCACCUCAGGCCAAUCCUUUGAAGUCAUCCUGAAGCCACCCUCCUUCGAUGGAGUGCCCGAGUUCAAUGCCUCCCUACCCAGGCGGAGAGACCCAUCGCUGGAAGAGAUACAGAAGAAACUCGAAGCAGCUGAAGAACGAAGGAAAUACCAGGAGGCUGAGCUCCUGAAGCACCUGGCGGAGAAGCGGGAACAUGAGCGGGAAGUGAUCCAAAAAGCCAUUGAGGAAAACAACAACUUCAUCAAGAUGGCGAAGGAGAAGCUGGCCCAGAAGAUGGAAUCCAAUAAGGAGAACCGAGAGGCCCACCUUGCGGCGAUGCUGGAACGGCUGCAAGAGAAGGACAAGCACGCAGAAGAGGUGCGGAAAAACAAGGAGCUUAAGGAAGAGGCCUCCAGGUAA